AACUCAUGUUGGAACAAUGAGAACACCUAAACAAUCUGAAUUCCCGAAAGAGCUUAAAGAUGAUUUAGCCUCAGAUGAAAAGAAUAAAUCGCGAAGGAGAGAAAGUCAUAAUGAACAGUCAUCUACGCUUACAAGUGCUGUUUCAAAUGAGAGCGAAAUAACUGUAUCAGAACCGGAUGCUACAACUGUUGUAAGGGAUGGUUCACCUGAGACAUUUUCUAACAAUGAGCUACCUGAAAUUGUUACCGAGUCAACGACAACAUUACCUGAUGAUCCUACUCCUCAGUCUUCGACGGCAGACACAACGUCUGGCCAAGUAGUCCGUAAAAAGAAGUUUUAUAUGCGUGAUUUAUCUAAAAAUUCUCUUACUUCAUCAUCCCCUAAUCUCCGUAAUGGAUUGGGCGAAAAUCAAUUCAAGUCUCCUUCUAUGACUGAUCUUCGUGAAAGCAAUCCUCUUUUUAAGCGGAAUUAUCUGGCUAGUUUGUCAAAGCAGCGUCCCCAAUCAGCUAUGUAUUCGCACGAGUCUACUGACGAUGAAAAUGACCGUGAGAACAAAUUAUAUCGACAACCACCGGAAACGUCUGAUAAUUCUCAUUUGGAUGAUCUUGAUUACGAUGUCGAUAGGAAGAGACGACUAUUAAAGGGGAAUUACUUUCAUUCUGAGAUACAAUUUUUAAUCGCUUUGCAGGAUAUUUCCACCCGGCUGAUUAUAGUUCCAAGAGAAGCAAGGCAGAGUACUUUAAGGGCAGAGCUGACCUUAUUAAAUCAUAAUCUACCUGCUGAGAUAUGUAUUCCUUUAUGGUGUCCGGCGACGACAGAGUCACCGCAACAUCAUCGAGUCGUCAGAAUAUCUCCAACUGAUGCCGUCGUAUUGAAUUCAGCUGAUCGGGUUCCAUAUUUAGUCUUGGUUGAAGUACUAGAAGAAGACAUGGGCUUUGGUUCAUCUGAAGCCCAAUCAAAAAAAGCACAUCGAUGGUCUACAGAUAACAAACAACAAAGCCGUUCGGUUGACGACAAAUCAACUGAUCAACCGCCCACCCAAGAUUUUCUGUCCAAGCCGCUUGACAGUCAAUCAGCGACACCCGUUUCCCAUUCACUUGAAUCAAUGUCAUCCACUCUGGCUGACAGCACGUCUAUGAUUUCGACUUCUCGAUCCUCCUCUCCAAAUAACCCAGGACAGAACCGAGUCGUAUCGUCUUCACUAUCAUCCAAACGCUCAGCGUCAGUAGAAAAACUCACACGAAUAUCUACUGCAUCUUCGUAUUCUGACUCACCGCCAUCGCAUACAAUAUUAUCGAUUCCCGAAACAUCUUCUCCGUCUUCCGAACUCACCCCAUCUCCAUCUGCCCCAUUAACGCCUGGAUCAGCAUAUCCGCAAGAAAUAUUAAGCAGACGACACUCAAGAGUAGCAGACGAAUACGCUGAACGCAUGCGUACGGCUGCUGUCAUGUUAGCACAAUUAAGCGCUGCUCAGCAAGGAAGGAGUAAUUCAACAGGUCCUGGAACUGCCAGUGUUGUACAACGAUCGAAGGCCGACACGGAAGCUAUUAAACAGAAUAUAGUAAAACAAAUGCAGUUAUUAGAGGAGCAGAGAAUGAAGAAAAUGACUACUAUGGGCGUUAAUGUUGGUAUGGGUUGGGGUGAGAUACUGGAGGAUGAGAAAAAGAUAUUGAGUAGCAUAAACCAGGAAGAUCCAAGUGCUGCUGUAUUUAGGGAAAAUUGGAAAACUAAGAAGGAUAGAAUACGUAAAUCAUCUCCGUACGGCCACCAUCCUAACUGGCGUUUAUUGUCCCUCAUCGUUAAAACUGGAGCCGAUUUACGACAGGAACAAUUAGCUUGUCAACUGAUCAAAGAAAUGCAGAGGAUAUGGAGAGAAGAGAAUGUGAAUGUGUGGGUGAAAUAUUACCGCGUGCUAGUUACGUCAGACAAUUCAGGGUUGAUCGAGACUAUUCAGAAUUCGAUUUCAAUCCAUUCAAUUAAGAAAGACGCAUAUGCUAAACGCUUGAAUGAGAAAGGGUUUAUGUUUACUCUAUUCGACUAUUUUGUCAAGACGUAUGGAGACGUCACAUCGGUUGCGUUCCUGGAAGCCCAAGAUAAUUUUAUGAGAAGUUUGGCUGCAUAUUCGUUAGUUUGUUAUAUAUUACAGGUUAAAGAUAGACAUAACGGAAAUCUUUUAUUGGAUACUGACGGACAUUUAAUACAUAUCGAUUUUGGUUUUAUGUUGUCUAACUCACCUGGUUCGGUUGGAUUCGAACUAGCUCCCUUUAAGCUUUCUCAAGAAUACCUUGAUAUUCUUGGAGGGGUUACAAGUGAGAAAUUUGCCGAAUUUAAGAGUUUGGUGAAACAGGCGUUUAUUGCAGUGAGAAAACAUGCCGACAAUAUUAUAUUGCUCGUUGAGAUGAUGCAAAAAGACUCUAAGCUUCCCUGUUUUGCGUCCGGAGAAGGAACGGCAGCUCAACUUCGAGAUAGAUUCCAGUUGACUCUUACCGAGCCUCAGUUUGAGGAAUUUUUAGAACGACUCAUAAUGUCAUCGUGCUGCAAUAUGUUCACUCGUCUCUAUGAUACUUUUCAAUAUUAUUCCAAUGGUAUAUUGUAG